AUGAAACCUCUUACUUUAGUCAUAGUCUCCAUAUUUAGUUACAAUCAAGUUCAAUCCGCGACGCUCCAGUCAUGCGAUAGUCUAGUCUACUGCCAGGGAGAUCUUCUAGAUACGGUACAGCGAGCAGAAAUAUUCGAAGACUCGAAAACUUUCGUCGACAUGAUCCAGGUGAAUCCGUCUAGUCAGACUUUACAAAACUUCGAAAGACUUAAGCAAGAAACCAACAACAACCCAACCAAAGACGAUAUCAGGAAAUUCAUCGAUGACAACUUCGUUAUGGAAGGAGAGCUGGAAUCGUGGACUCCAAGCGAUUACAACACCGACCCUGCGUUUUUGAAAAAAAUCGAUGAUGUUCUCGUGAGAGAUUUUGCUAGAAAUCUAGUGAACAUCUGGCCAACUCUUGCCAGGAAAGUGAAAGCGGAUGUUAUGGAAAAUCCAGAUAGGCAUUCAUUGAUCUCCGUUCCCAACGGCUUCAUAAUCCCAGGAGGUCGUUUCAGGGAAUUGUACUACUGGGACUCCUAUUGGAUAAUCGAAGGGCUUCUGCUAAGCGAAAUGCAGAGCACUGUCCGAGGGAUGUUGGAAAAUCUGCUCUCGUUUGUCGAGAGAUACGGAUUUGUUCCGAAUGGAGGUAGAGUUUAUUAUCUUAACCGCUCCCAACCUCCCCUAUUAACGCUAAUGGUUGGUUUAUACAUUGGAGCUUCAAAUGACACGAAAUGGCUACGUAAGCACAUCGGCACACUUGAGAGAGAAUUGAAGUGGUGGCUGACCAACAGGACUGUAAUUGCGGAAAAGAAUGGUGUUAAGUACACUUUGGCUCAUUUUGGAUCCGAUAGCGGAACUCCGCGCCCAGAAUCGUAUAUUGAAGAUAUAAGGACUUGUGCUGGGUACGAGGAAGACACGAGAAAGGAAGACUGUUACAAGGACAUAAAAGGUGGCGCCGAAAGCGGCUGGGACUUCUCAUCCCGCUGGAUAUUCGACUCCCAGGGGGGCGUAAACUCCAAUCUAACCGACAUCCAAACGAGGAGAGUAGCCCCCGUGGACCUAAACUCCUACCUCUGUCAGGCCUUCGACCAACUGUCUUCGUUCUAUUUGAAACUCGGCAACCCUGCCAAAGCGUACGAAUGGAAGGAAAAAGCUGACACGUGGAAGAAAACCAUCGAGCUAGUACUCUAUGACAAAGCAGAUGGGAUCUGGUACGACUACGACAUAAGUCUGAUGCAGCCAAGGAAGAUAUUCUACCCCAGCAAUUUCGCGCCCCUGUGGACGCAGUCGUACCAACCGCUGUCGGGGCGGCAGUACGGGUCGCGCGCUGCCAAGUACUUCAAAGACAAGGGCAUAAAUAGUUAUAGAGGAGGUACACCGACAUCUUUGCAGCAAAGUGGGGAGCAAUGGGACUUCCCCAACGCUUGGCCGCCUCUGCAGGAACUUGUUAUUCUCGGCUUCAAGAGAAGUGGUGAUUCGGAGGCAAAGCAACUGGCUGAGUCCCUUGCGAAGCGUUGGAUCGAUGCCAAUAUCAAGGGGUUCAACCAGAACAAAGAGAUGUUCGAGAAGUAUGACGCCGUCAACCAAGGUCAAUACGGGGGAGGUGGGGAGUAUACUGUACAGACUGGCUUUGGAUGGACCAACGGUGUAGCGCUGGCGCUCAUAAAUGAGUAUUACGUUGAUAAUAGUUUGUGGAAAAAAGUGAUACAUUCUGUAUUUAAGACUUGA